AUGGCCAGCACAUCGAAUCUCUCUGAAGAUUCGUCAGAGAAGCAAAGUAUGCCUCAAGACACACACGAGAAGGGGAAGAGAAAGCAUGUCGAUGAUGGCCAUUCCGAUCCGACGGACAAAAAGAAACCAAAUCUCGAGGAAACCGGCGAAUCUGCGCAACCAAACAGUUUCCAACAGUUUUCUGAGAAAUCGUUUCGUAUGAUGCAACAGAUGGGAUACAAGAUUGGUACAGGAUUGGGUAAAACCGGCCAGGGCCGGGUAGAUCUGAUUGAAACUUCCUCGCAGAAAGGAAGAAGCGGGUUAGGAAUGAAACUGAACGAGCUAGAAACAGCGGCAGAUCAAUGGGAUGCAUCCAUCGAAAAUCUUCAAAUUCCUGAGAUAGUAACUUGGCUUCAAAACGCGUCGGCCGAUAUGGAGGAUCCGGGAAUAACACGGGAACAAUUAGAUGCGUGGGUUAAAGAGGGGCCCCGCAAAUUGACCAUAGAUGACGAGCAUAAGUAUUGCGAUAGCAACAUCCUGCAUCACAUAUUGGAGAGCAAAUCCGUGUUCGACAAUCUUGGCGCGGACGAUAUGCGAAAGGCACGUUCCAAGUCGAAUCCAUUCGAGUUGAUAAAAAGCAACAUUUUUAUAAACCGGGCCGCUGUAAAAAUGGCCAACAUGGACGCGAUGUUUGAUUUCAUGUUCACCAAACCAGUGGAUCGUAAAUCCAUCCCGCUGGUGAAGGAUGAUGAUCUAUUCUAUUUCGCCGACGUCUGCGCCGGACCGGGCGGGUUUUCGGAGUACGUGCUGUGGCGUAAAAAAUGGCGUGCCAAGGGCUUUGGCUUCACUUUGCGAGGAGGCAACGAUUUUCGUUUGGACGACUUCUCAGCCGGAGCACCGGAAACGUUCGAUCCUUAUUAUGGCCCGAAGGACGACGGGAAUGUGUUCGAUCCGGUCAACAUAGAAGGGUUCACGGACUACGUGAUGAAGCAGACGGAGUCGGGUGUUCAUCUGAUGAUGGCGGACGGUGGUUUCUCGGUCGAGGGGCAGGAAAACGUGCAAGAAAUACUGUCUAAGCAGCUGUACCUGUGCCAGAUGAUUGUCGCGCUAGCCAUCGUGCGAACGGACGGCCAUUUCGUGGUGAAACUGUUCGAUCUUUUCACGCCAUUCAGCGCGGGGUUGAUAUAUUUGGUGUACAAGUGUUUCAGGCAAAUUUCAAUCUGCAAGCCAAAUAGCAGCCGCCCAGCCAAUUCCGAGCGGUAUCUGGUUUGCAAAUGGAAGCUACCAAAUACCGAUCAAAUACAGCGGCAUUUAGAAGACAUCAACCGGCAAAUGUUUACACGCAAUCGUACCGAUAAGACCGAUACGCUGGAGCUCGUGCCGGAGGAGGUCUUGCGUGAGGAUACGGCAUUCUUCGAGUACCUAUGCAACAGCAACAACACCAUCGGGCGAAAUCAAAUCACAGCGUUGCUAAAGAUUGCCGCAUUCUGCAAAAACCGCGACCUGGCCGAAACUUGUCAGCUGGAAAUGAAGCAAAAAUGUUUAAAAUUAUGGCAACUGCCGGACACUAUACGGAAAUUUUCGAAUAAGGGCGACCCGGAUAAGUACGUUGAGAAGUUCUACAAAGAAUGGGAGGGUCUUAAAAACGAACUGUGCCAUCCGGAGAAAAUGUUGAUCCCAGAGCUGAAAGCAUGCUUCAGAUCCACGCACGAUUGGUACUUUGUGCCGAUCGGGAACUUGGAAAAUAAUGGCAAAAACAUUCGUAUGAUCCUGCUCGGCAAGGGCGGCAAGGAAGUGUAUCAGUACGAUGGUAAGCAGAACUCUUGGUCGCCGCUGAAGGACAUCGCGAUCGAGUUGCCGCCCGGAACGAUCAUCUACGCGGAAAUAGUGAGAGAGCUGCAGGGAGAGGGCAAAUCGCAGAUUACAAUUAACACACUGCACAUCAUUGAUGGGCUGGUACUCGGCGAGGAAGACAUACGUAUGCUGCCAUUAACACAGCGGAUUGUCAGAUGCACACAGUUUGCCAAAGCACUAAAUAAACCCCUCAAAGGUGCUAGCAACGACUGCAACAAUAGAACCGCCACGAUACAGAUACGCGCGAAGAAGCUGUACCGGUUCUAUGAGAUGGAAUCGUUUUUCAACUCACUCGAAACGUACAAACUCAAGUCAGGCGAUGCAAAGCUUGGCUACUGCGUUCGGAAUCCGAUAGACGCGAAUCGAAUCUACAUACCCUAUGGGCUUCUGUUUCUGAGGGAAAUCAAACCAGAUUACUUAAAAUUGGUUUCGAAGUCGACGAACAAGUUUUACUACCACUGCUCCAGCACAAGAGCUUCUUUUUAUCCGCACGAAUUUAAGAAUUUUGAACUGCAAACGAUGGCAACAUUUGAGCAAACGUUCCUCACGCGCCAACUUUGGAGCUGGAAAACUCUACCACAGGUCCAGCCCGAGUACGAUGGGGAAAGAUUUCCUGAGUAUGUUUAUAGAGUAGAUUUUAAGCCUCUCUUGCCGCCAAUUAACUGA